UCCCCGCUGGGAGAAGUGAAGAUGGAACAGAUCCCAUCCUUGUGUUCUGUUUUCCCCUCUAUGGCUCAGCAACCGAGUCCUAGCUCCUUGGACAGCAUGUAAUGGGAAUGUGAGGGCACUUGGCUAGAGUCCUAGAGGAAAUGGAGCAACCUGUGUGAAUCUUCUGCUUUGAUGGAAAGGCCUCACCCAUGGGAAGACCUCACCCAACCUCCUGCCUGCUCCCUCUGGGGCACCCGGACUCCCUGAAGGAAAUUCCCGGCUGAGGAAGAAAAACAACUGAGCAGUGAAGUUACACACUCAGCACUCCAGUGCAACAGUGAGAGGCUGGUUCCAAAGUUUGUCUGUCGUGAUUUCCCAGAAUGAUCCCCAUUCCUGCGGACAGUGCUCCUCAUAGGAAGUCGUUGACCUGGAGGAAUCCAUUCGCUUACAAAAAUGAUCUGGGCACAGACACAAGACAUGGCCUUCCUGGGGUUCAGUCUUGCAGUUGCAGGCUGGGUGGUGGUCAGCUAAGUGAGCAUCGUCAAGUCUUUUUAUGUAUCCCAUGCUGUCUUGACUUGCUGCGUAGACCAGGCUGGCCUUGAACUUACAUCCCCAGUGCUGGGAGUACAGGCGCUGGAACUAGCAGUGGGGAACAAUGGAGGAGACAAACUUGAGGAGACGGAGAGAGGACGAGAAAUCCAUCCAGAGCAAUGAACCCAAGACCACAAGUCUCCAGAAAGAGGUGGGCCUCAUCAGUGGCAUCUGCAUUAUUGUGGGCACCAUCAUCGGCUCCGGCAUCUUCAUCUCCCCCAAGUCUGUGCUGGCCAACACAGAAUCUGUGGGGCCCUGUCUCAUCAUAUGGGCAGCCUGUGGAAUCCUGGCUACACUGGGUGCCCUGUGUUUUGCAGAGCUCGGCACAAUGAUCACCAAGUCGGGGGGUGAGUACCCCUACCUGAUGGAGGCCUUUGGCCCCAUCCCCGCCUACCUUUUCUCCUGGACCAGCCUGAUGGUCAUGAAGCCCUCCUCCUUCGCCAUCAUUUGCCUCAGCUUCUCGGAGUACGUGUGUGCAGCUUUUUACUCAGGCUGCAACCCUCCUAAAGUGGUCGUGAAACUCCUGGCUGCCGCCGCCAUUAUGCUCAUCACGACAGUGAACGCGCUGAGCGUGCGGCUUGGGAGCUACGUCCAGAACUUCUUCACGGCGGCCAAGCUGGUAAUCGUCGCCAUCAUCAUCAUUAGCGGACUGGUGUUACUGGCCCAAGGAAACACGAAGAACUUUCAGAAUUCUUUUGAGGGUGUGCAGACCUCUGUGGGCGCCAUCAGCCUGGCAUUUUACAAUGGACUCUGGGCCUAUGAUGGGUGGAAUCAACUUAACUACAUCACCGAGGAGCUUAGAAACCCUUACAGAAACCUGCCCAUGGCCAUUGUCAUUGGCAUUCCUCUGGUGACAGUGUGCUACAUCCUCAUGAAUGUUUCCUACUUCACGGUGAUGACUCCGACAGAGCUCCUGCAGUCCCAGGCUGUGGCUGUGACCUUCGGUGACCGCGUUCUCUAUCCCGCAUCCUGGGUGGUCCCCCUUUUUGUGGCCUUUUCAACCAUUGGUGCUGCUAAUGGAACCUGCUUUACAGCAGGCAGACUCAUCUAUGUGGCAGGCCGAGAGGGUCACAUGCUCAAAGUGCUCUCGUACGUCAGCGUCAAGCGCCUCACACCCGCCCCUGCCCUCAUAUUUUAUGGCAUCAUAGCCAUCAUUUACAUCAUCCCCGGGGACAUCAACUCCCUGGUCAAUUAUUUCAGUUUUGCUGCAUGGCUGUUUUAUGGGAUGACAAUUCUAGGACUCGUGGUGAUGAGAUUCACAAGGAAAGACCUAGAAAGGCCCAUCAAGGUCCCCAUCGUCAUCCCUAUCUUGGUGAUUCUCAUCUCCGUUUUUUUGGUGUUGGCCCCGAUCAUCAGUAAGCCAGCCUGGGAGUAUCUCUACUGUGUACUCUUCAUACUGAGUGGACUCAUAUUCUACUUCCUGUUUGUUCACUACAAGUUCGGAUGGGCCCAGAGAAUCUCCAGGCCGGUCACCAAGCACCUGCAGUUGCUGAUGGAAGUUGUCCCACCAGAGAAGGACCCGGAGUAAAAAGUCCAUCACACAUAGCCCAAAGCUGCAAUCAAUUUAUUUUUAUAAGUAACUAUUUGUGGUUAUUUCUUCCUGGUGUUUUUCUUAAUGAAAACAUGUAUUCAGCUA